AUGCAGCAAGUGACCACGAUUGCUGAAGCUCUUAUCGUCCCCCAAGAACUGCCCACAAUUCUUUCAGUCAUUUAUUCUAAUAUACCUCCAAUAUUGAAAGGCACGGACUCGCGCCUCGGCCUGGGCUUCCGCUUCGGGCCGCACGCCGACUUCCAGGUGCAGCUGGAGCUGGGUCCGCAGAUGUACACCUACACGCAGCGGCCUGGCGGCCCGAGCCAGGACGCCAGCGCCGCCGCCCAGGCGCCGCCCCGCGCGCCCCUCGGCCGCGCUGCGCCUUGCCGCAGCUGA